GUUAUGAGCAAGUCUCGUGACGAGCGGGUGGCUCGCUUUCUCAACAGCGGCUCAGAUUAAGGUGCGGGCAGGCGGUUGUAGAUAUCGCUCGCCUAUUAACCCAUGUUUACCCGUCAGUUCGGGUACAGGUCCCAAGGCUCUUUCCGUGACGUGUGACUGAGUGUGAGGCGCAGACGACACGUUAGCGGACAUGACAUGACAAUAUGGUGGGCUUCACGCGCAGUGUCCUCAUGUUUGCGUUAUUCGGGUGCUCUGCCAUCCACCCGACAGAAAGCACAUCUACAGCUACAAUAAGACACCAUGGCUCUUCAAUUAUAUCAACAGAAUCUUACGUCGACAGUUUGACAGUAAAACAAACAGAGACAUUAUCAAACCCCGCGAGUGAAUCAGUGAAAGAAACAGAGACUGUAUCUCGUCCUACAAGUGCUUCUAUAAAACUAACAGAAACUAUAUCUAACUCUGCAAGUGCUUCUAUAAAACACACAGAAAUUAUAUCUAGUCCCGCAAGUACUUCAAUUAUACAAACAGAAACUAUACCUAGUCCCGCAAGUACUUCAAGUAUACAAACAGAAACUGCAUCUAACCCUGCAAGUGCUUCUAUAAAACAAACAGAAACUAUAUCUAGUCCCGCAAGUACUUCAAGUACACAAACAGAAAAUGCAUCUAACCCUGCAAGUGCUUCUAUAAAACAAACAGGAGCUUUAUCUAACCUUGCGAGUGAAUCAAUUAAAGAAACCGAGAUCUUAUCUCGUCCCGCAAGCGCUUCUAUAAGACCAACAGCAGCUAUGUUUAGUCCCGCAAGCGCUUCAAUAACACCUACAGAAACUAUAUUUAGCACCGCAAGUGCUUCAAUAAAACCAACAGCAACUAUAUCUUCCCCUACAGGUUCAUCCAGCACAUCAACAGAAACAUCUGACACUGGCAGUUCACCACUGAACACAUCUUCCCUAGAGCUCACAGGAACAGCAUCCGCCUCCAAAGGAGCAAUUGUAGAUCUAGCUACAUCAAGCCUCAAUAGCUCAUCACCAGACACAACAGUACCAAACCCGAUCACUGAUACACUUUCACCCGAACUAACAUCUUCCACUGCAAGCUCAUUACUCGAACCAACGCCAACGUCUUCCCCUGAUAGCUUUUCACUCGAACCAACGCCAACGUCUUCUCCUGAUAGCUUAUCACUCGAACCAGCGUCAUCAACGUCUUCCCCUGAUAGCUUAUCACUCGAACCAACGCCAACGUCUUCCCCUGAAAGCUUAUCACUCGAACCAGCGUCAUCAACGUCUUCCCCUGAUAGCUUAUCACUCGAACCAGCGUCAUCAACGUCUUCCCCUGAUAGCUUAUCACUCGAACCAACGCCAACGUCUUCCCCUGAUAGCUUAUCACUCGAACCAACGCCAGCGUCUUCUGAUAGCUUAUCACUCGAACCAGCGUCAUCAACGUCUUCCCCUGAUAGCUUAUCACUCGAACCAGCGUCAUCAACGUCUUCCCCUGAUAGCUUAUCACUCGAACCAGCGCCAUCAACGUCUUCCCCUGAUAGCUUAUCACUCGAACCAGCGUCAUCAACGUCUUCCCCUGAUAGCUUAUCACUCGAACCAGCGCCAACAACGUCUUCCCCUGAUAGCUUAUCACUCGAACCAGCGCCAACAACAUCCUCCUCCUUCAGCUCAUCGAUGGUACCAACAGUGCCACCCCCACGGCCUGGUAGUUCCACAGUCCACCCAGAGGACCAGAAGUCGGACAAGGGGUCCGGAGCUAGGGUGGCUGCCGGGGUGUGUGUCAGCAUAAUCUUGGUCCUGGCUGUUGUGGCGGGCAUCUUCUACUACAGACGGUGCUACCAUGCCAGACGUUGGAUUCCUGGGGCGGUGUCCUUCCAGCAUAUGCCAUUCACCAAAAAAGGCUACCAGGAUGACGAGGGAACCCUGAUUCUACCCAACAUGAAAUAAAAAGGCUGGGGUCAUUUUUGCGUUGAUGAAAGCACCAUUAAGGACACAUUGCGUUACCCGCUCGAAUGCUCGUCCGUGAAUGUGUACACUGAAUUUCUAACUGUGAUAUAUAAUUAUGUACAUCGAGUUGCCAUGGACGACGUCACCAGAGCAUCGUGGUAUUCCCAGCAUCCCCUGCGCACAGGAGAACAUCCGGGUCACCCAAAGUGACCAGAACAUCCGGGUACUUGAUGCAGAUUCACCGGGGAAGUUUUCGUCCAUUCACGCAGAUAACGUCAACACACACGUAGUCUCCGUGUUGAACGAGAAGAUAUGGCAUAUAUGUACGCAGGAGCUUUGAUCACCUGUGCCAUGCCCAAAUAUUGUAUCUGGACAUUUAAUCUAUUCUUGUGUUAAUAUAUUUUGAUAUCGUAACAUAUAAGCACGGAAAGAAACAGUACCGUCUAAUGACUAUGAACAUGAUAUUGUCAUGCUUAUAUCUAUAGCAAUGUGAGAUAUUUUACGUGAUGGGUAUAUCAACUUAUUCUCCUGAGUUCAACGCCCUCAACCUCAAUAUAAUUCUGCUGUUUCGGUUGUUUUAAAUGACCUCCAUAUAUUGCUACUGUUUCAGGAGGUUAUUAAAUGACCUCCAUAUAUUGCUGCCGUUACGGGAGGUUGUUAAAUGACCUCCACAUAUUGCUACUGUGUAUUGAGGUUGUUAAAUGACCUCCACAUAUUGUAACUGUUUCUGGAGGUUGUUAAAUGACCUCCACAUAUUGCUACUGUUACGGGAGGUUGUUAAAUGACCUCCAUAUAUUGCUACUGUUUAUGGAGGUUGUUAAAUGACCUCCACAUAUUGCUACUGUUUCUGGAGGUUGUUAAAUGACCUCCAUACAUUGCUGCUGUUGCUGGAGGUUGUUAAAUGACCUCCAUAUAUUGCUGCUGUUUCUGGAGGUUGUUAAAUGACCUCCAUAUAUUGCUGCUGUUUCUGGAGGUUGUUAAAUGACCUCCAUAUAUUGCUGCUGUUUCUGGAGGUUGUUAAAUGACCUCCAUACAUUGCUGCUGUUUCUGGAGGUUGUUAAAUGACCUCCAUAUAUUGCUGCUGUUGCUGGAGGUUGUUAAAUGACCUCCACAUAUUGCUACUGUUUCUGGAGGUUGUUAAAUGACCUCCAUAUAUUGCUACUGUUUCUGGAGGUUGUUAAAUGACCUCCAUAUAUUGCUACUGUGUAUUGAGGUUGUUAAAUGACCUCCACAUAUUGCUACUGUUUCUGGAGGUUGUUAAAUGACCUCCAUACAUUGCUACUGUUUCUGGAGCUUGUUAAAUGACCUCCAUAUAUUGCUACUAUUUCUGGAGGUUGUUAAAUGACCUCCAUAUAUUGCUUCUGUUGCGGGAGGUUGUUAAAUGACCUCCACAUAUUGCUACUGUUUCUGGAGCUUGUUAAAUGACCUCCAUAUAUUGCUGCUGUUUCUGGAGGUUGUUAAAUGACCUCCAUAUAUUGCUACUGUUUCUGGAGGUUGUUAAAUGACCUCCACAUAUUGCUACUGUAAUGGGAGGUUGUAAAUGACCUCCAUAUAUUGCUGCUGUUUCUGGAGGUUGUUAAAUGACCUCAAAAUAUUGCUUCUGUUACGGGAGGUUGUUAAAUGACCUCCACAUAUUGCUACUGUUAAGGGAGGUUGUUUUAAAUUACCUCAGAAGUCAAGACUCUUCACUGGACGUUUUUAAAUGACGCUAAUGAAGGCCAAUGUUACGACCACGACAACGACAUCUGCAGCAGCAGUAUACACAACGUCGUGGUCGGCGGGACAGUGUGUACAGACAUAUUGAGGGAUGUUUUAUUUUCCAUUGAAAUGUAUAGCCUUUACGAGAAGUGGAUAUAUGGAUAAAAUGGAUAAAAGUUGA